AAACCUUAGUGUUCUCCCGGUUAUGAUUUUAAUCAUACAACGGCAACAACGAAUCAGCGUCCGACUAAAGUAGAAUUAAAAUUCUACUACAGCGCCGAUGACGUAACAGCUGGAUAGGAAGAGCCAGGGAGCUGUGGCUGUUGUGCAGAUAGUGAGGUUAUGUUUUGCAUUGCAAAAGAAAGCAAAGAAAGAAAGGAGAGAAAAGGAAGAAAAGAAACAGAUUAAAAGUUUUUAAAUGUCUAAAAUUGUUUUAAAUAGGCAAAAAAAGGAGGACAAAAUGAAAUGUUUUGUUCCUGGCUGUGAAAAUCGCUCACGCGGUAAAAGCAGGCUUUUUUUUGGUAUUCCGAGAGAUCCAGUAUUAAAAAAUGCCUGGUAUACUAAAGUUGGUUACCCGAAAGAGUGUGCAAGAAAAGCUUCUGCAAUUUGUUGUGAAGAUCAUUUUGACCUGCCGGAAGAUAUGGAGAACUACAUGCGAUACAGAUUCGUGGGAGGCAACAAAAGACUAAAAAAGGGCGUACUGCCUCGAUUUAAUUUGCCAAAAUCAAAUAAGCAGAAUUCAGCCGAACGGCUGGAUAUCAUAAAAAUGGAAUUAGAUAUUCCAGAAGCAAAUAUAUUAAACCAAAUGGAUGGAACUGUUGUUAUAAAGUCGGAGCCAGAUGGGCCAAAUGUAGAAACACUUUUAUCACAAAAUAUGAUGACUGAAAUAAACCGUAAUGUCAUAAAAACGGAGUCAGAUUCACAAGGUAGCGAUCCAAUCUUAUCCCAAGCUAUGCUCGGUCAAAUGGACGGAAGUGUCGUUAUAAAAGCGGAAUCGGAAUUAUCAGAAUCAAAUAUACUCAAUCAAAUGGAUCAAACUGUUGUCAUAAAAACGGAACCGGAUUUGCUAGAAUCUGAAUUUCAUUUAUCAGAAGCAUCCGCGAAUCAAAUGGAUCACUGUAUUUUCAUAAAGAUGGAACCGGAUUCACCAGAAGAGCAGGAAUUGCGGAUACCGGAAAUAAAUAUGCUCUGUCAAGUGGCAACGAGUCCAGGAAGAGGAGAAAUAUUUCAACCCUACAGUCCCAAUAAGAAGAAUGUCGGAAUAAACCAACGGAAUAAAUCCAGUGGAGCAAUCUAUCGCCAAACCUUGCCGAACAAGUCCCAGGGACUCAAGUUUCCCUACAUUCUUGAUGAGGAUAAUAGAGGAACAAAUCCCAGUGAACCUCCUACUGACGAGGCCCUUCUGCACGGAAUAAAUCACGAUUUUAAGCACAUGUUUACCUCUUCUUCAGGUGAAACCGAAACAUCGUUCAAGAAUACUUGCAUACAAACGAAUUUAAGGCCAAAGGUUAGAAGCAAAGGACUCACGUGCAAACCAAGUACUAGAGAUGUUGCGACCUCUCCAAUCAGAAGAGAACUGAAGAGAACCAAAGUUUUAAUAACAGAGGAAGAUUGGCUGUCGGAAGCCUCUCAUUCCGAAGACGAAGAAGUGAGGAUAGAAAUCUUGAAGAACCGAAUGUUCGAGACGAGGACGAAGGCCUUCAUCGAAAAUGAUCCUCUUUUGUUUCUAGGCCUUCCGAAAAGUGCGAUGCAUCUUAUUGCGAGUAUGGAGAAACGUUUGAAUAUUCCAAUUCUUCAUAUUUACUGUGUGCUGAAGAAAAUUCGCCUAAAUUUGUCCAACGAAGUUUUAAGUUACGAUUUUGGAUUAUCGUAUAGUCACAUUAGUCACAUUUUUAAAAAGACUGUUCCUUUAAUUGCCAGGUAUCUGAAGAAGUAUAUCCUUUGGCCUGAGGAAAAUUUGAUUUCGGCGAAUCUUCCGGUUCAGUUUAGAAAUCGACUGAAGAAAGUUCAAUCUAUUCUUCAUAUUUUUGAAGUUAAAAUGGAGAGAUCGAAUCUUAUUCAGGGAUUGAGACUUCCUUCGUACGAAUCGACGGAGACUGCGAGAUUCUUGGUGUCUUCGACUCCAAAUGGUUUCAUCACUUUUGUGUCGACGAGAUAUUGUAAGGGGAAUGCGGAUGUGACGAUAGUGAAGAAUUCGGGAUUCUUGGACAUUUUGCCAGAAGAUGUCGCAAUUUUGAGUCUUGCUGAUCGCGGAUUUAAAUAUGUGGACAAUGUUUUGAAGGAGAAAAAUUGUAGAUUGAUACGAGUUCCGAGCAUUUCCAUGAGGAGGAAUUGGAAAGCGGAAACGAAAAUUUACAGGUGGCUCGCGAGUGUUAGGAUUCAUGUUAAAAGGCUGAUGAAUCAGUUGAGAGACUUUAAGAUUUUGGAGAACAGUGUCAACUUUGGUAAUCGAUCCGAGUCUCUUUUGGAUGAUAUUGUGAUUAUUGCUGCGGCUUUGAUUAAUAUUCAGUUGACGGUUGGGGUCGAGGAAGGUGUAGUUUAGAAAAUAAAGAAAAUAAGACUAAUUUUGGUGAUGAACUCUUUCAUAUUUUUCUACUUUUGAGUAAAGUAUUUAUUCUUGUAUGGAGAAAUAAAUAUCAGUGAGAAUAGGGUACUGUAUAGUUAAUUAGAAUUAAUUAUUUCACUUGAAACAGAGAAUUU